AUGAGAUUAUCUCUGCACACCAUCAUCUGCUGCUGUGUUUUCACCACAGUCCUGCCAUUGGUAAAAGGGGCCACAGGAGAGACCAACACCAGCCUGAGAAAAAGGUCUAGAGUAUGGCUGCAGAGCCAUAUGAAGAGAGACUUGCGCAGUCGCUUAGUGACAGGCGAUGACCAACACUUAAGUGGACUGCAGCGGGACAGGCUUGCCAAAACUCUCCCAACCCCAUCAAGUUUUGGCCUAAAUAUAAGGUCCAGGAGGUCAACGUCAAGUCAAUCUGGUUGCCUCCUAAUCACAUGUAUAUACCACGACUUGUUCCACCGAUUGAUCCAGAUAAAGAAGAACGAUGAAACAGACAGCACUGCUCCUAAAUCAAAGAUGGGACGGAAUGGCUAUGGACGUCGCCGCCGCUCACUCCCGGAUGCCACUCAGCUCGUCCUGGAGACAGGAACGCAUAGAUGGAGCACGGAAACUGGUCAGCGAGUCAGCAACCCCAAAAGCACACACACGGUGGCCUAA